GACACACUGUCCAAGAGUUUCUAUCCGUGCUUCGUGUACCCUCACGCGCGCCAUAUGUUCACCAUACUUUAGUCUUAUAUCGACCAUACGAGACGCGCGUCCUGAGUUAAAGUGCGCGCAGGAGUCAGCAUGUGUAUAUGAGAAACAUUACAUCUAAAUUAUGUAAGUGUGUUUGUGCGACAAAUUUUUGAGUUAUGGCGAUUCGUUCUUUGGCGAAAAAGUGAAAAAAAUUAUCUAAUAGAAGAAAAAAAUCAAAAGAUUGGUGGAACCCUCAAACCCCAGGACGAUGUUGAGGUCGCUGGUGACCUUGGUCUUCUUCCUCGACAGUAUUCUCUCCAUCACCUCGCAGAGACAUGAUGCAGGGAGCCUAUGGGAGGGUAUGGAUCAGGAAGAAAGAAUCUGGAAUCAGAUGAGUGAUGAAGAGAAGAUGCUUCGACUCAAGGAUCUUCAAAGAAGAAUAUUCUCAGACAUCGGAAAUAAAGGAGGGGGAAACUCAGGAUAUGGUGCACCUCCAUCCAAUAGCUACUCAGUACCUACAUAUGAUGCUCCAGCUCCAUCCUACAAUCAACCACAACCUUCAUACAACCCCCCCUCCAAACCCUCCUACAACCAACCCUCCAAACCCUCAUAUGGUGGUGGGAAGGGACCUGGAAAAGUAAUAGAGAUUCCAAUUCCAAACAUAAAUCUUCCAAAGCUUCCAAAUCCAAUAGAAUUUAAGGCUGGAGUUCUGAGGUCAAAAGGAAGAAUUGCUUCUGGGUUGCUUCAUACCAAGGCUGGUCUUCUUAGAGCUGGAGCAAACAUACUCGCACAAAAAGCUAAUGCUUUGGAUAGGUUUGCUCAAGCUAUUCCUGGGCUCAACUCAAAUAUUAUCAACUCUAUGGGAGGUGGAGGAGGAGGAGGUUAUGGUGCUCCACCAUCCAACACAUAUGGGGCUCCACCACCAUCUAACACAUAUGGUGCCCCACCACCCUCUAAUGGCUAUGGGGCCCCUCAAGGCCCAUUAAUAUCUGGGCCUAAUCAGAAUUCUCAAGGCUCAAGACCAUCUUUUAGCAACAACAACUUCAACAGCAAUUCUUUGGGGAACAGUUUCAGCAGUGGUGUACAAGCCCCAGACAGUUACAGUGGUGCACAGAAUAGCAAUUCCAACAACAACAAUUUUGUAAACAGUGUUCAGCCUGUUCAAAAUAACUUCCGACCAUCUAAUACUGAUAGCUAUGGAUCCCCUCAGGGCAGCACUAUAACUGGCUCUUUAAACGGAAACAGUUUCAGUGGAGGGAACACUGCAAAUAUUCCAGUUGGAACAUCUCUCUCAUUUGGGAACAGUAACAAUGGGCUCAGUACCUAUUCCAGCAAUAACGGAUUUAGUAGCAGCAAUAAUAAUGGAUUCAGCAAUAGCAAUAGUGGGUUCAGUAACAACGGAAAUAGCUUUUCAAGCAGCAACAAUGGAGGUUUCAAUGAUCUCAACCAGAAUUCAGGAUCCAGUUCUAGCAAUGGGUUCAAUAAUAACAAUGGGUUCAAUGACGACUAUGGGUUCAGUAACAAUAAUGGUUUUAGUAGCAGUAGCAGCAAUGGACUCAGUAGCUUAAACAAUAAUGCCAAUGGGGACAUAAUUAGUACCAAUAAUGGAUUCAAUAACAAUGGAAAUGGCUACAGUUUUUCAACUGGAAAUGAUGAAGGUUUAGAUCCAAGAUUUAAUAGUGGUGUAGACAACGGCCUUGCAGCUGGCUCAAAUGAUUUUACUCCGCUUAUAGAAUCUACACUGGAGCAGACUGGUGUAGUUAAUUCUAAUUCUAUCCGUUCAAUUAGACCUGGAGAUAGGACAAAGCUAACUCUGAAAGGAUUGGAUUCUAUCAGUGAUGCGGAGAAAUUACUGAGGCUAGAGUCUAGAGAGGGUGGCCAGGGAAGGUGCUCAGCUGAAUCUAGUUCUCUCUCUCGUCUAAUCAAGGAUAUUUUCAUGGGAAAUGAGAUAAUCCCCGACGUGAUAGAUGAGCCCCCCAUGUACCCCCUGGACCUAACCUACAAGACCAUCAGGACCUUCCCCGGUAUGCAUCUCACAGCAGAUAUGACAAGGUUUAAGCCCAUGUUAAAAUGGCCUGCUCAACCGGACAGCUUGUAUACAGUAGUGCUUAGUAACCUAGAUAUUAACUCAAGAAGGAACAGAACCCUAUCUGAGUUCUGGCACUGGUUUGUGGCAAAUAUUCCUGGAGACUCUGUAGAUGACGGAGAGGUCAUCUUUGAUCUUCUUUUCCCUCUUGUACUGCCAGAAGGAGAUGGUGAUCAUAGAUAUGGAUAUUUUGUAUUUGAGCAGCCUAGAGAACUGGACUAUAGAGAUGAAGGAGGUCCAACUGAUUCCUGCAGUCCACAGAUGUCUAAUGGAAGAGGACCAUUCAAAUCUACGAAGAACUUUAUGAAGAAAUACGAUCUUACGCUGACCGCGGCCACCUUCAUUGUAAUGGAUACCAAUGAGGCCAGCAUGGAGAUUGCUUGUGAGUGGCAGAAGUGUAUCGGAAACACAAUAAACUUGGUUAGCCCGCUCCAAUGUAACUAGACCAACAGUACCUGGAAUCAUACCAUCUGAAGAUCAAAAGAUCAAUAGAUUAAACACUCAAAGGAUCAAAAGAGUAAACCAUGAAUGGUACAAAAGAGCAAAAGUUUAUUAGAUCCAAAGAUCCAAGGAUCUAAAAGAUCAAAGGAUCCAAAGAGCAAAGGAUCAAUAGAUCAAAGGAUAAAAGAAGAAUUAGUUUAUUCUAUGGAGUUUCAUCUUAAUAAGGCUUAAAGGCUGAAUCUUUAGAUAAAGUGAUCUUAUAGUGUGACUUAAAAAUUACCAAAACAUUUUAUUUCUUUAUUUAUUUCUUAAAGUCUUUUUUAAGAUUUCAAUUUUUUUUAUUUUGUGAGUUUUUUUGAGAGGUAUAAUCUCAAAAAUCUCAAAACGUAAAUUCAAACCUUAUUAUAACCUAAAGAUUACGGUUUUUUGCCAAAUCUUUAAGUCUCAUAAUUCAGUGCAAUAAAGAAAGAGAGUAGAAAUUGAAAAUGUUAUUUUGAAUAUUUGUUAAUCAUAAAUAACAAAAAAUACUUUGUGCAUGCAGUGCCAGUAGAUAAUUAAAUAUAUAUAAAUAUACAUGUUUAAUUGGGUAAUCACUGAGCUGCGUUCAACAUUUGUCCACUUUGGGGCAUAUUACCAAAGUAAUUGUAUUCUGUAAAACAUUGUUAAAAAUAUUUAAUUGUAAAAGUUUAUUAAUUUGUAAAAAUA